ACCGCUACAUGUUGCUGGAGCAAAAUGAGUCGAAGACGUGAAGAUAAUGAAGAUUCGAAUAUAAUUUACUCCAAGCGACUACGGAGUGAACGGCCCACCGUUGAUUUCAAUGUUUCAAGUGAGAUCAAUCACAAGUUAUUGGAUGGAGAAACAUGGAAAUGCAAAAAGGAAGUUUCCAAAAAACCAAGUGUGCAACUUGCAUCAGCUAACAUUGACAUACUUGACACCAUAAACAUGAUUGACACAUACGACAGACCGAAAAAUACCAAAAAAGAAGGCCGCUAUGCUGGAGCUGGAAGAUAUAUAGAAGGUUUUGAAGACAAACCAGGAAAGAGAAUUCCCAAAUUUGGAGCUCAUGCAGAAGCAGGAGUGGGUCGUGCCCGCGCUGAACUCAGCGUGUUAGAGGCAGAAGCCAAGGGUCCCAAUGCCAUGGCUGGUGCUGAAGCAAGCGUGCUUGGAGUUGGAGCGAUGGCACGGGCUGAGAUUGGCAGCACAUUGGCCAAAGCCGGCCCACUUGGUGUUAAACUGGGUCUCGGAGUCGACACUGGCGCAUCUAUUGGUGUGGGUGGGUUGGAGGCAAAAUUCCUGGGAACUGGAAUCUCAAUUGGUCCAAAAACCAGUGUAUCUCUUUUGGGUUCGGAAGUUGAAUGUUCUGUCAUGUAGACAUGUUGAUUAUCUCUGAAUGCUUUCACGUUGGCACAGCCGCUGGCCACGUAUUUAAAUGUCCAAUCUCGCAGUUGUCAAUAUUAGCAACUGGUCAAUAAUUCAAUAAUUAAACGCUUUCUCGCAUUUAUGUGUAUAAUUGACUCAAGUGUCUAAAUAAAUACUUGUACACCAACAUUUGUUCACUGACAGCACAACAGUGUAAAUGCAAAGC